AUGAACGACGAACCCCUUUCCGGAUCUCAUUGGGAUGACAAUGCGCCAUCUAGUUCGAUAUUCAACGUGCCGGAUGAAGUCGAUCCAACUUUGAAUCCAUUCAAGGAGGAAGACGAUGAAGUAGUGGGCGCUCUACAAGAGGUUUCGUUAGAAAGUGAUGCCGAAACCGUCUCCAAGGAUGAGGAACGCCAACCAAAUUUGCACGAAGAGGACCUUGACGAUAACGCUGCCAAUUCUUUUGCUUCGGGGUCCAAUAAUGACAUAAAUACAGGAGUUUCUGGUCAGGAUAUUGAACCUGACUCCCAACAACAACAGGAGGCUGAUAUAGCCAAGGAGCAGAUCAAACUGAAAAAGACAGAGCUGUUAAGCAGCUUAACCGAGGGUAUUGAAAAAGAAGUGAAGACAAGUAACUUUGGACCUGAUGGUAACCUUUUUGGUGACACUAACACCGAAGAACUUAAGUCAGCUAUGGAGGCGUCAACAACUUCACCAGAUCGUCAUACAUUUUCAUCUUCGAAUCGAAAGAAAACUGUUUUCAGACCUAGACCCAGAAGAAUAGGCGGUAAGGUUGUCGUUCCUUCAGAGCCUCAAGAUGAUCCAUUGAAUAGCAGUAAAGAUGAUGAUCUGUCCAAUGAAACAGAAGCAAAUAGGGAUGCCCCCUCUGUUGGAAAGUUGUUGAUCGAAUCAGUUGAUGAACCCUUAUUCAAUAUUACAAAGAAAACCAUAAUAAGUCCAACCGUUUCCCCCAAAAAAGAACGAAAAGCUGCAAAACCCACGUCGGCAAUUCCUGACUCUAAUGAAAACAUGGACCGCUUUGACAUUGUUGUUGAUGACCCCAUAAAAGUUGGAGAGCUUACGUCUGCGCAUGUUGUGUACAAAAUUAAAACUAGGACUGAUUCCGAGUUAGUAGCAAGCAAGGAACUUAGUGUUACUCGAAGAUACAGAGAUUUCCUUUGGUUAUACAAUCAGCUGGUCAGUAAUCAUCCAGGUUUUAUUAUCCCACCACCGCCUGGAAAACAAGUUGUUGGAAGAUUUGAGAGCAAGUUCAUUGAAAACAGAAGGCUGGGCUUGGAAAAAAUGCUGGUCAAUAUUAGUAGGGAUAGAUCACUGCAGAAAGACAUGGAUUUUAUCAUUUUCAUAUCAAGCGAAAAGUUCCAAGAGGAAUCUAAACAGCGGGAAGUUAUUCACCACCAUAAUAUGAAUAGCUCCACAGCCGUUGUCAGUGAAAACGAUACUAUGAGUUCUGGCGCUUCAUUGAACAAUUCUGGAUUUAUGUCUUCGAUAUCGAAUGCUCUUUCUAUUUCAGCUCCCAAAUAUGUUGAGAACGACAAGUACUUUAUUGAAAAAGCUAAUUACAUUGAGCAAUUGGAUCAACAGCUGAAAAAUCUCUUAAAAACCUUAGACUUGAUAACCCAGCAGAGAGAGGAAUUGGUGACCACGAUUGAAGAGUUUUUGAACACUAUAAAUGAGCUCAUUGACUUGGAGGUGAGUAAUGAUGUUUCAGCCAUUUUCUUGGAGUUACACAAUCUACAAACCAAGUCGAAGGAGCUACUUGAAAGAACCAAUAUGCAAGAAGUGCUAACUUUAACUACCACUCUUGACGAGUAUGUGCGUAUAAUUGGGUCCAUAAGAAUUGUUUUUGAAAACCGGUUCAAGGUAAUCAACAAUCUCCUCAAUCUAAAAAGUCAGGUAGCUACAAAGGAGAAGAAACUGAAUAAAGCGAAAACCAAACAACAUAAUCAGGUGGAUAAGAUACAGAGGUACGAAAGAGAGCUUUCUGCCUUAUCGAAUGCGGUAGAUCAAGAAACUGCCAAACGGGACAUGAUUGUAGACAAUGUAAAGAAACAACUAGAAAUAUUUGAAGAUAAGAAAGUUGAUGAUUUCCGUUCUAUGGUUGAAAUAUACUGGGAGUCACUUAUUGAAACGCAAAAGGAAAUCAUUGAACUUUGGGAAACUUUCUACGAGAAAUGCAAAUUUGACUAA